AUGUCUCGAGUAACAAGAUCAACCACGAUCAAUAUUGUGGAAGAUAAUACAGCAUCCAUUGCUGCCCAAAUCCCUCUUCCAUUGACACCUGCUCCAAAAGUAUUGGCUACUUCAACUGUACACGAACUGAAUAGCAUGGCAGCUCAUGAUAGCUCAGAAACGGAUCUCGCACAACAUAUGAAAAAUCUCAAAGCUGCAUAUCGAAGUGCUCUCGGUAUCACAAAAAAAGGCAAAAAGCACAACAAGAAUAAGAACAAGGGAAAGCAAGACCUUUCGACAGAGCUAGAGCAUACCAAGAUUACUAUCCCUGAAUUCGAGCACAUCGGGGUUUAUACUGUUAAUCCAACUUCUAUUCAAUCUGCUCCAAACACAGAAACUGUCCCAAGAAUUGCUGCAGGCCCACCUGGUGCUCGCCCUACAACUCUUGUCUCUAAUUUUGAGCUUUCAAGGACUCAAACUGGUCAGCCAAAAUCCGUUCAACCACCUUACAUCAUGGGACAGCCUAUCUUACCUCACAUUCCACAAUUGGGACGAACUACUCGAGGUCAAAUUGCAAGACAACAAGCAGGUCAGUAUGAUAAAGGUGUUUCAUUCAUUGGAGCGGCCGAUACUGGAGAUGUCUUCUGGAAACCACCUCACCCCUCCAGCUGUGGUUCAUCUCUUUUCGCUGGUUCCAACUUUCCUAUGCAGACUGGACCUUUCAUUCCAUUGAGACUUGAGCAUAACACUAAUCCCUCGGACUAUUUAGCAAGGAAGAAUAAUGACAACAUAGAGACAAAGGAUGUCGAGUCUUCAGCAUCAGAAAAAAUUCGAUACACCCCAAAGAAGAAUGAACCUCCAGCUGUUUCUGGCACCAUGCCCUUCACAAAGCAAAUCACAACACUCGAGGAGAUUGAAAGAGCUUACAAGGCUUCGGAGGUAACGCCUCCUGUUCGCCACUCAUCUUCCGCCGAAAUUGAAGAGGAUUCAUUCCUCGAUAUAAUCAUAAAUCGAUCGCCAGCAAAGCCUGUGUCUCGCAUCGAAGACUCUUUGGAAGAGCUCGACAAUCUGGAGGAUGCCAUAGAUGCGCUCGAUGAAGCUACCACUGUUGAAAGAUUUGUUGCUACCUCACCCAAGACGGCCAAUAUCUCAACUGAAGCUUCCUCUGACACCAAUUUGAGAAGAUCACCCCAACGAGAAUUGGUUGAGGAGCUCCCCGCUGCUGGACUACGUGUACGCGUACAUGACAGUCCAGCUCAAGCAACUUCCCAAAGACCCAAAUCUACCUACGCAACAAUGCGUGUCAAACGUACCACAGCCACGGAACCAACCCCCAAAAAGGCUAAAUCUAUGUCCUUCGAAAAUGUAAGACCUGUUGUUAGCCCGGAAAAGCCAACAAUGACAUCUCCAAGUAAAGUUCCACGUCCAACUAGUCUCCUUCCUCCAAAAUCACCAACCAAAUCUACAAAGUCAUCCACCAAGCCAGUGUUCGAGCUUCCUGGUGACGCUGUCGCUAAGCGAUUAAAGGAACAGAGAGAAGCUCGUAUUGCGCAACGAGAAUCAUCCGAAAUGACAGUCGUUAGAACUACAACUACACCAGGAAGAAUCAAAUCCACGAAGCCCCCCACCAAAUCUUCUCAAUUCGAACUCCCCGGCGAAGCAUACUCAAGACGUAAGCGAGAAGUACUUGAGGCAAAACUCAAAGCCCAAGAAGAAGAAGAUCGCAAAAGACGUGAAUUCAAAGCCAGACCCAUAGGUAAAAUCGUAGCUUCCCGUACACUUCCCCGCGAUACAGCUGCUAGUCGCGCACGCCAAACUAAAAUGGGAACACCUGGUGACAGUGUUGAUAGCGGUGGUCUCACAAUCGGUAAACGUGGGAGCUUAGUUGGAAGUCAUCGCCCUUCAAUUCUGGACAUGCAAAAAGUGAAUGUUAUCGGCUCAUCACCCCGUACUAAGGCUCCUCCUGCUCCUUUGAAUCGCAAAGCCUCGCAACGUCCACAUAAUCCGAGAAUGGCAAUGCAGAGAACGGUGUCAGAUUCGGAUCAUGAAUUGCAGAGACAGAGAGCCAAGGAGCUUUAUAACAAAGACGCAAUGUACACAGCAGACAUUGAAAGAGAGAAAAAGGAACGGGAGAUGGCAGCUAUCAGGGCAAGGGAAGAGGCGGCAGAAAAGGGAAGGGCGGCUAGUAGGGAAUGGGCGGAAAGACAGAAGGCCAAAGCAAUGGGUGAGGCGCUUACUAGUCCAAAGUCUUCUACCUUCUUCUGA